AGUUCAACAUGUUUGUGACAAAGUUUGUGGCAUUAUUUUUAGUCCUUGUAAUUAAAAAUGAAUUGAAUGCAAUAAAGAGUUCCAUGAAUCAACUUCAAGCAAAGAUAUAUACAGGGAAAAAGGUUGCAACAUCGACUUCAAGUAUUGUGGUGGUGUCACUGUUACAAUGUCAAUACAUGUGCUUCUUGGCUAGAUCGAAGGGCACAUGUAACAUAUGCGAAUUUGACAAAGUGUCCAAUACAUGUGUCUUCAGUUCCGACACCGAACAUGACAUCAUCCGUACACCUGACGACACAAAGGUAGUGCUUAUACCGGAUGAAGGAACAAACGACUGCUACGGUCUUCACAAACAGGACCAGGGACUACCCAGUGGUGUGUAUGAAUUCUCGUUAUCGAGAUUUCAUGUGAAGGUCCCGGUGUUUUGUGACAUGACGACUGCCGGAGGUGGAUGGACGGUAAUCCAACACAGAUAUGAUGGUUCAGUGGACUUUUACAGAACCAUUUCUGAGUAUACCGAUGGAUUUGGCAACGUCGGGAUGGAGUUUUGGUUAGGCCUAAGUUACAUCAAAGAAAUAGCUGACAAAGGAAACACCACAAUUAGAAUGGAGAUAUCGGCAGCCGAUGGAAAUUCAUCGUAUGAGGAGUGGCCGGAGUUCCGUCUCGGUGACGCUCCUACAUACACCCUCCAUGUCGGUGGCCUUGGCACAGGAACAGCCGGGGAUUAUGCGCGAUACUUCGCACGACAUAACAAUGGCUCGGACUUCACUGCCAAGGGAAGCUUCUGCGGGGAUGACAUGCACGGAGGAUGGUGGUAUAACGACUGUACGGAAAUCAACCUGAACGGCGAGUACGUCACGCCGGGCACGAGGUCCGGAUAUGCCGGCGGGUGGGGCGGAAUGGUCUACCCCAGUUUCAGAUACUGGUCGUCACUGAAAACGUCGACAAUAAUGAUCAGAAGAAAUGAUUAAGUGAAAUAGUAAUCACAAUUACAUUUAGAAGUGUGGUGAAUAAAACGUCUAAUGGUACUGUGCAUACUAUAACUGUUCGAAUUAAACAAACCUUUCCUUUAUUUUUCCAAAUAUUGUCUUUAAGUCUAAGUAAAUAAAUAUCUACAAGUCUGUUAUGCAUGUUUAGCUUUAUAUGUGUUCUGUAAUAUAUUGUAUUUAUUAUCUUUGUCAUGUUUGGAAUACAGUUGCUUCAAUUAGAGAUAUUAUGUCAAAAUUAUACCCAUACAAGUUAACCUGUCUUUUUUCAAAAAGGAGUCAAUGACGAUAUAUGAGAGAGUACGGCGGUGUGUAUCCUUAUUUAUACUUGCCCAUUCGGCGUCGUCAUUGUUAGUCAUUUUAAGAUUUUGGAGCAAAGUGCACAGACAGAAUAUAUCCGUGGUCAUAAAUACCCUGGGUUUUUUAACGCUCAGCAGGGUAUAGCACUGUAACACGGGACUCCACUAGACCAUGGAUACGCCACUGAGAGAAUAAUUAAUUAUAAAAAGUUUUAAUGAUAUAGUGGGGGAAAACAAUUAAUGUCAAAUCAGAAUUUUAGUUUAGUUUAUACCGAUCACUUACGUUCGAUUUUAAAGUUAUGAAUUCAUGAAACCGCAACUGUAUACCGAUCACUUGCGCUCGAUUUUUAAGACAGGGCUGAAACAAAUCAUUUUUAAUUCGGUUUACUGCACCCACUUUGAGAGGCCAAGAGGACAGUAUUCCCUUAUUGUGGGCUCAAACUCCUUUUAGAUGAGAUUAUGUUACUAUACCAAUAGACCACUUUUGAUCACUGUUCUUGUUUAAUAACGAGAUCAUAAAUAACCCAAGAUACAAACGAACACGAAACUGUUAUUACAAAUGACAACCGUGGCUGUCGGACUUUUCAACCCCAUGAUCAUUAAACCCUUAACAAAAAGCGACUUUAUUUUCAAUUAUAAAAGACUCUUCACCUCCUGCGUGGUUUGACUUUACAAUACUUGUAUUGAAGACUUUUCAAUCCUUAAUUUAAAUAUUAUAAUAGCCAUUAUGAAGACAUUUCAACCCCUAUUUCACUUUUUGUUAGUCAAAAAUGUUAUGAGUUUUAAGUAUGUAUUUAUCUAUUUAUUCAAUGUCAAUGGUUUUUACUUAUUCAUAUAUGAUCCCCUCUGUGUAUCCUAAGUAAAUUGUAUAUUUUUAUGCACUUUUCUUAUUCAUUAUCUUUAUUGAACUGUGUUUUACUAUUUAUAAUUUUACUAUAUUCUUCAUUUGAAAAUAAAUUACUAAGUAAAUUGUUCUUUUUGUUUUAAUUAUUAUUUUUUUCAAAUGUGGAAAAUCAAAGAUUUGA